UACGUGGACGCAACAAGCAUUUGCAAAAAUCCAUCAUCUGAAAGAAUGACCGAGCAGAUUAGUCGACAACAGUAUUUGCAAAACCAGUAUAACGCGUACAAGUCGCAAUUGCAACAGAUUGCACAAAAGAUUGUCGAUUUAGAAACAGACGCUGAUGAACACAAGCUGGUAAAUGAGACCUUAAAACCCUUAAAUAAAGAUCGCCGUUGUUUUCGCAUGAUUCACGGCGUCUUGGUCGAGCAGACUGUAGAAACAGUUAUGCCUGCGUUACAAACGAAUCAAGAAGGAAUUCAAAAAGCAAUGGAUGCCCUGCUCGAACAAUACAAGGAGCUUGAAGCGGAGUUUUCAAAGUUUCAAAAAGACAACAAAAUUCAAGUUGUUCGACAAUAAAAGAAAUUCAUACCACUGCAUGAAAUCUAGUUCUGCGUCUGACGGUUUAACUCAGAGAAUUGUAUAUAGAGGUGAUAGAGCGAAGAGAACAUGAAAUGAUUAUGCAAGUUUUCUAUUACGAAAUUCAAAAGACACAAUUGAAAGGUAAUAUUAUAGUUCUUCUUGUGCAUCGGAAGGAUUGCUUGUUGGUUGCACUGACCGACCUACAUAUACUUCCGCAUCAGUAUUCGUUUUCGUAGGGCUGCGAGCACUGGUCUCUGCAGACGCUUGCGAUUUUAUGCUAGCGGCAUGAACGUAAUUAUCUGAUCCCGUGUAAAUACGGUAGCAGACGAUGUUUUCAGAAGGACUAUCAUCUACGGGUUGAAAAGCUUUAUGCUUGCAUAAAGCAGGUACAUGGAUCUUCAUGGAAUAAAAGCAGCUAGACACUUCCUGAUACUGAGACACCCUUGGAGUCGAGUCGUCGUC